AUGGGCUUCAAGGGCCAAAACCAUCCUGAUUAUGUAUGUCUUCCGAGGAAAUCUCUAUAUGGGCUCAAACAAGCUCCUCGGGCCUGGUAUAAGAGGUUUGCAAAUUAUGUUUCUUCUGUUGGUUUCACACACAGACGCUCUGAUAAUUCACUCUUCAUAUACCUCAAAGGUUUUGCUACAACUUACAUUCUUUUGUACGUGUAUGAUAUCAUAUUAACUACACCUUCUGUUACUCUCCGCAAGACUAUCAUGGCUCUUCUCAGUUGUGAGUUUGCUAUGAAAGACUUAGGCCCAUUAAGCUACUUCUUGGGCAUUGCUGUGACUCGUCAUGCAUGUGUUAACACUAAACCAAAGCUCUCUACUACUUCUACAUCCACCACCCCUUAUGAUGAUCCAUUUCAGUACCGUAGUCUCGCAGGUGCCUUACAGUAUCUCACCUUCACGAGGUCUGACAUAUCAUAUGUUGUGCAACCAAUCUGUCUCUUUAUGCACAACCCCAUGGAGGAACAUAUGAAUUCUCUCAAGCGCAUUGUACAUUACAUUCAAGGUAAUCUUGAUCAUGGUUUGCAUUUGUAUCCAUCUUCUACAUCCACUCUAGUUUCUUAUACUGAUGUAGAUUGGGGUGGGUGUCCCGAUACCAGGCGCUCUACAUUUGGUUAUUGUGUGUUUCUUGGUGAUAACUUAAUCUCCUGGUCCUCCAAACCCCAUGCCACCUUAUCUCGGUCUAGUGCAGAGGCGGAAUACAGAGGUGUUGCUAAUGUAGUUUCUGAAUCUUGUUGGUUAAGAAACCUUCUCUUGGAGCUACAAUGUCCUAUUCAAAAAGCCACUUUAGUCUACUGUGAUAAUGUUAGUGCGGUUUACUUAUCUGGAAAUCCGGUUCAACAUCAGGGCACUAAAAAUAUCGAGAUGGAUAUUCACUUCAUCCGCGAAAAGGUUGCUCGUGGACAGGUUCGCGUCCUACAUGUCCCGUCAUGUAAUAAAAUUGCAUAUAUUUUUACGAAAGGUCUCCCUCUGGUUCUCUUUCAAGAUUUUCGAGACAGUCUCAGUGUUCGCCAGCCUCCCGUUUCGACUGCGGGGGUGUGA